CAAGUGUCUCUCCUUUCCACGCCCAUAAUUACUAAAAGCGUAGCCUAACUCCGAGAUCUACUAAUUCCUCUUCUGUGUCUCUUCCUAUAAACAUUAAACAACAACACGCUAUCUCACUUAGAUCUCACGUUCCCAGUUCCUUAUUCCACUGUAACCCAGUUGACCAGUGUAUCUCUUGUGGCCCAAACUGACAAAGUUUAAAGAAUUUGUACUACCUUUUUUUCUUGAUAUCAACGGCCUUGGGUGGUAGAGGGUUGGAUAGUGUUUGACCCUCAAGAUAUUUGUAUGAUGAGAUCCGCAUUCUGAUCUCUUAGUUCUUUGACAGAAGUUGAAGACAUUACUUUGACCAUUUCAAAUCUAAAUACAAGAUGAGGGGAAGAUCUGAUGGAAGCCAAAAGAAGCGUUUGAUUACCUCUGUGAUUGGUGUCGCAGUCUUUCUUGGUUUUUUGUAUGCAUAUUAUGGAUCCAUUUUUGGCUCUUCAAACCAUGCUGCAUCGGCUUUAGAAUAUGGGAAAUCUUUGAGAAAACUAGGGUCUUCUUACUUGGGUGGGGAUGAGGAUACUGAUGGAAAGCAAGACGAAUCUUCAAAAUUUGGACUAGAAGAUGGAGAUGAUGAUGUUUUACCCAAGAGUUUCCCUGUUUGUGAUGAUCGGCAUUCAGAACUAAUUCCCUGCUUAGACAGGAAUCUCAUAUAUCAAAUGAGAUUAAAGCUGGACUUGUCAUUGAUGGAGCACUAUGAACGUCAUUGCCCACCUCCUGAGAGGCGAUACAACUGCUUGAUUCCUCCUCCACCUGGAUACAAGAUCCCAGUUAAGUGGCCCAAAAGCAGAGAUGAAGUAUGGAAAGCAAACAUUCCUCAUACUCACCUUGCACAUGAGAAGUCUGAUCAGAAUUGGAUGGUUGUAAAAGGUGAAAAGAUUAAAUUCCCUGGGGGAGGCACUCAUUUCCACUAUGGAGCUGAUAAGUAUAUUGCUUCAAUUGCAAAUAUGCUCAACUUUACAAACAACAAAAUAAACAAUGGGGGAAAAUUACGAACAGUUCUUGAUGUUGGAUGUGGUGUUGCAAGUUUUGGAGCUUAUCUUCUUUCAUCUGAUGUCAUAGCAAUGUCCUUAGCGCCCAAUGAUGUGCAUCAAAACCAAAUCCAGUUUGCCCUAGAGAGGGGCAUUCCUGCAUAUCUUGGAGUUCUAGGAACUAAGAGGCUUCCUUACCCAAGCAGAUCUUUUGAACUUGCUCACUGUUCUCGUUGUAGGAUUGACUGGCUUCAAAGGGAUGGAAUUCUUCUUCUUGAGCUAGAUAGGUUGCUCAGACCAGGAGGCUAUUUUGCCUACUCAUCUCCUGAAGCUUAUGCACAGGAUGAAGAGGAUCGCAGGAUAUGGAAAGAGAUGAGUGCCCUUGUGGAACGCAUGUGUUGGAGAAUAGCUGCAAAGAGGAAUCAAACUGUUAUUUGGCAAAAACCUCUAACAAAUGACUGCUAUAUGGAUAGAGCUCCUGGUACAAAUCCCCCUCUCUGUCGCUCUGAUGAUGAUCCAGAUGCAGUAUGGGGCGUGCCAAUGGAAGCUUGCAUCACACCGUACUCUGACCAUGACCAGAAGGCUAAAGGGAGUGGAUUGGCUCCUUGGCCGGCUAGAGUGACUGUCCCUCCUCCUCGACUUGCUGAUUUUGGCUAUUCUAGUGACAUGUAUGAGAAAGAAACGGAAAUUUGGCGACGAAGAGUGGAGAGUUAUUGGAACCUCUUGAGUCCAAAGAUUGAAUCAGAUACUCUGAGGAACGUGAUGGAUAUGAAAGCAAACUUAGGGUCUUUUGCAGCUGCCCUGAAGGACAAGGAUGUUUGGGUGAUGAAUGUUGUCCCUGAGGAUGGACCAAACACACUCAAGUUGAUAUACGACAGAGGCUUGAUCGGCUCUAUUCACAACUGGUGUGAAGCGUUUUCCACAUACCCCCGGACAUAUGAUUUACUUCAUGCUUGGACUGUUUUCUCCGAUAUUGAGAAAAAGGGCUGCAGUGGCGAGGAUCUUCUGCUUGAGAUGGAUCGCAUCCUAAGGCCUAGUGGUUUCAUUAUCAUCCGUGACAAACAAUCAGUAGUAGAUUUCCUAAAGAAGUAUUUGACAGCUUUACACUGGGAAGCAGUGGCAACUGCUGAUGCAAGUUCAGAUUCAGAGCAGGACGGGGAUGAAACUGUUUUUAUUAUCCAAAAGAAGUUGUGGCUGACAAGCGAAAGCCUGAGGGAUGCUGAAUAG